CUUAAACUGCAGGAGUGAUCUAUUUAUCUACUGUCAUUACAGUAUUAAGUAUUCACUUUAAUUGAAUUUUCUGAUAACUGAAGCUUACCUAAGUAAGCAUCCAGUUAAAAUUGUCUUAAAAUAUGUUUCUGAUGUAUAUCAUUCUAAAAUGAAUUGUACACACUUAUCUCCUUUCUUAGCAAUUUAUUGAAAAUAAUUUCCCCUUUUGUUCAUUUCUCAUGGUCUUUAUACAGUUCAGCAGUGCUCUUUGGGCUGGAGGUGUGUGGAGCUAUUGCUCCGCAUAUGUGUUCUCAUAUUGCUGUGCUUUAUUUAUUUUUUUAAGUUUAAAUUUAUUUAUUUUAAUUAGAGGCUAAUUACUUUACAAUAUUUAGACGUUCUUUUGCUUAUCUUUUAUGUUGUAAAGAGGAUGUCUGAGCUAUGUCUGAACAAGGAUUAAGGGUUUUGCUCUUUGCUUUCAUGGUGGGCAGUGACCUUCAAAGUGUGUGUUCUCAUGAAUUGAGCAUGUUGAACAGUUUUUGUUGUUGUUGUUGUUUUGGUUUGGUUUCUUUGGCAGUGCCACAUGGCAUGUGGAAUCUUAGUUCCCCACCUGGAGAUCGAACCCACACCCCAUGCAUUAGAAGUGCAGUCUUCUGAACACUGGACCACAAGCAAAGACUGAGAGGGCCAUGAUGGGGACUGUGCCCAAACAACGAGGCCUUAGCUGUAUUGAGAGAGAGACUGUAAGACAGAUUGGAAGGACACAUUUCCCUGAGGGAGUCUGAGAAGCAUGGGCCAGGGAGGGCUGCUUCAACCAGGUAGCAGAGUAGGGCUCUGGGGUGAUGGAGCCUGAGGUGGUAGCUGUGUCUUCCUCAAAGGUUUCGAGGAUUAGGAGACCAGGAGAGAGGAUUCUGGGCAGAACAGUGGCAUUCUCCAGUAGUCAGUGGCCUUCAGUGAAGAGGCCUGAGUAGACGGUCAUGAAAGGAUUGAUGGUGAGCACGGCUGACAGACCCUAGAAAUGAGGGAAGGUUGCGGAGAUCCAGCAGUCCUGUGGCAAAUUUCGGUUCUUGUUACCAAGACCUCUUUGUACUUAUAGGUUCUGAGGCCUGUGGAAACACCCAUGGAGCUUGUUUUCUGAAUCUGCCUUACCGUCAGGAUUUCAGUGUACUGUUUAUGGGCAUGGACUCUGGAGCCAGAGUGCCUGGACUUGAGUCCUAGGACGGUCUUAGGUUGGUUCCUGGAAAGCAGGUUCUGAUUGGGUGGGAUGUUUAUUGGGGCUUGUGCUGAGGUAUAUAAUACCUGUGAGGGAGUGAAGGAAGUUGGAUGGGGCAGGAGGAGGAGGUGAAGUCGAUACGAAGGCAGCCAAGGCCUCUGCUGAUCUCCUUGGGAGUUCCAGAGCCGAGCAGACCCUUCAGAGUUGUCUUGUCUCGAGGAUGGAGGAUGAAGCUGUCCUGGACAGAGGGGCUUCCUUCCUUAAGCAUGUGUGUGAUGAAGAAGAAGUAGAAGGCCACCACACCAUCUACAUUGGGGUCCAUGUGCCAAAGAGCUACCGGAGAAGGAGACGUCACAAGAGAAAGACAGGCCACCGAGAAAAGAAGGAAAAGGAUAGAAUCUCUGAGAACUAUUCUGACAAGUCAGAUGUGGAGAAUGCGGAUGAGUCCAGCAGCAGCAUCCUGAAGCCUCUCAUCUCUCCUGCAGCAGAACGCAUCCGAUUCAUCUUGGGCGAGGAGGAUGACAGCCCAGCACCCCCUCAGCUCUUCACGGAACUGGAUGAGCUGCUGGCCGUGGAUGGGCAAGAGAUGGAGUGGAAGGAGACGGCGAGGUGGAUUAAGUUUGAAGAAAAAGUGGAACAGGGUGGAGAGAGAUGGAGCAAACCCCACGUGGCCACCUUGUCCCUUCACAGCUUAUUUGAGCUGAGGACGUGUAUGGAGAAAGGAUCCAUCAUGCUAGACAGGGAAGCUUCUUCUCUCCCACAGUUGGUGGAGAUGAUUGUUGACCAUCAGAUUGAGACAGGCCUAUUGAAACCUGACCUUAAGGAUAAGGUGACCUAUACUUUGCUCCGGAAGCACCGUCAUCAAACCAAGAAAUCCAACCUUCGAUCCCUGGCUGACAUUGGGAAGACCGUCUCCAGUGCAAGUAGGAUGUUUACCAACCCUGAUAAUGCCCGCAGCCCGCUUGAGAACUCAGUGCCCUGCCUAGCAACCCGCACCUUGGACGAUGACCCCCGAGUGCGGCGCAGUCCCAGCGUGGGAUGGCUAAGUAGCCCAGCCAUGACCCACAGGAAUCUGACUUCUUCCAGCCUGAAUGACAUUUCUGAUAAACCAGAGAAGGACCAGCUGAAGAAUAAGUUCAUGAAAAAACUGCCACGUGAUGCAGAAGCUUCCAACGUGCUUGUUGGCGAGGUAGACUUCUUGGAUUCUCCUUUCAUUGCUUUUGUUCGGCUGCAGCAGGCAGUCAUGCUGGGUGCCCUGACUGAGGUCCCUGUGCCCACAAGGUUCUUAUUCAUUCUCUUAGGUCCUAAGGGGAAAGCCAAGUCCUACCAUGAGAUCGGCAGAGCCAUUGCCACCUUGAUGUCUGAUGAGGUGUUCCAUGACAUUGCUUAUAAAGCGAAAGAUAGGCAGGACCUGAUUGCUGGCAUAGAUGAGUUCCUAGACGAAGUCAUUGUCCUUCCACCUGGGGAAUGGGAUCCAGCGAUCAGGAUAGAGCCUCCUAAGAGCCUUCCAUCGUCUGACAAAAGAAAGAAUAUGUACUCAGGCGGAGAGAAUGUUCAGAUGAAUGGGGACACGCCCCACGAUGGAGGCCAUGGAGGAGGAGGACAUGCAGAUUGUGAGGAAUUGCAGCGCACUGGAAGGUUCUGUGGUGGACUCAUUAAGGACAUAAAGAGGAAAGCACCAUUUUUUGCCAGUGACUUUUAUGAUGCUUUAAAUAUUCAGGCUCUUUCAGCAAUUCUCUUCAUUUAUCUGGCAACUGUAACUAAUGCUAUCACUUUCGGAGGACUGCUUGGGGAUGCCACUGACAACAUGCAGGGUGUGCUGGAGAGUUUCCUGGGCACCGCUGUCUCUGGAGCCAUCUUUUGCCUCUUUGCUGGUCAACCACUCACUAUUUUGAGCAGCACAGGACCUGUUCUCGUUUUUGAGAGGCUUCUAUUUAAUUUCAGCAAGGACCAUAAUUUUGACUAUUUGGAGUUUCGCCUUUGGAUCGGCCUCUGGUCGGCCUUUCUGUGUCUCAUUUUAGUAGCCACCGAUGCCAGCUUUCUGGUUCAGUACUUCACUCGCUUCACUGAAGAGGGCUUUUCUUCUCUGAUUAGCUUCAUUUUUAUCUACGAUGCUUUCAAGAAGAUGAUCAAGCUAGCUGAUUACUACCCCAUCAACUCCAACUUCAAAGUGGGCUACAAUACUCAAUUUUCCUGCGUGUGUAUGCCGCCCGACCCAGUUAAUAUCUCAGUGUCUAAUGAUACCACAUUAGCUCCUGAAGAUUUGCCAACCAUUUCUUCUUCUGACAUGUACCAUAAUGCUACCUUUGACUGGGCAUUUCUGACGACAAAGGAGUGUUUGAAAUAUGGAGGAAAGCUUGUGGGCAACAACUGUGGUUUUGUUCCUGAUAUUACACUCAUGUCUUUCAUCCUCUUCUUGGGCACUUACACUUCUUCUAUGGCUUUGAAAAAAUUCAAAACCAGUCCUUACUUUCCAACCACGGCAAGAAAGCUCAUCAGUGACUUUGCCAUUAUCUUGUCCAUUCUCAUCUUUUGUGUAAUAGAUGCUCUAGUAGGUGUGGACACUCCGAAACUAAUUGUGCCAAGUGAGUUCAAGCCAACGAGUCCAAACCGAGGUUGGUUUGUUGCACCGUUUGGUGGAAACCCCUGGUGGGUGUACCUUGCAGCUGCCAUACCUGCUUUGUUGGUCACCAUCCUGAUUUUCAUGGACCAGCAAAUCACAGCUGUGAUUGUAAACAGGAAAGAACACAAACUCAAGAAAGGAGCUGGAUAUCACCUGGAUCUCUUUUGGGUGGCCAUCCUCAUGGUGGUGUGCUCCUUCAUGGCCCUUCCAUGGUAUGUGGCUGCUACUGUCAUCUCCAUCGCUCACAUCGACAGUUUGAAGAUGGAGACAGAGACUUCUGCACCUGGAGAACAGCCCAAGUUCCUAGGAGUGAGGGAACAAAGAGUCACUGGAACCCUUGUGUUUAUUCUGACCGGUCUGUCAGUCUUUAUGGCUCCCAUCUUGAAGUUUAUUCCCAUGCCUGUACUCUAUGGUGUGUUCCUGUAUAUGGGGGUAGCAUCUCUUAAUGGUGUGCAGUUCAUGGAUCGUCUGAAGCUGCUCCUGAUGCCUCUGAAGCAUCAGCCUGACUUUAUCUACCUGCGCCACGUCCCGCUGCGGCGAGUGCACCUGUUCACUUUCCUGCAGGUGCUCUGUCUAGCCUUGCUCUGGAUCCUCAAGUCCACCGUGGCUGCUAUCAUUUUUCCAGUCAUGAUCUUGGCACUUGUAGCUGUCAGAAAAGGCAUGGACUACCUCUUCUCCCAGCACGACCUCAGCUUCCUCGAUGAUGUCAUUCCAGAAAAGGACAAGAAAAAGAAGGAGGAUGAGAAGAAAAAGAAAAAGAAGAAAGGAAGUCUGGACAGUGACAAUGAUGAUUCUGACUGCCCAUACUCAGAAAAAGUUCCAAGUAUUAAAAUUCCAAUGGACAUCAUGGAACAGCAACCUUUCCUAAGUGAUAGCAAACCUUCCGACAGAGAAAGAUCACCAACAUUCCUUGAACGCCAUACAUCAUGCUGAUAAAAUUCCUUUCCUUCAGUCACUCGGUAUGCCAAGUCCUCCUAGAACUGCAGUAAAAGUUGUGCCUCAAAUUAGAAUAGAACUUGAGCCUGAAGACAAUGAUUACUUCUGGAGGAGCAAGGGAACAGAAACUACAUUGUAACCUGUUUGUCUUUCUUAAAACUGACCGUUUUUGUUGUUUAUGUUCUUGUUUUUUGUCUGAUUAUUUUUAAAUUUUUGUUUUCUUUUGGUUUUUGGUCACUGGCCAAACACUACAGCUCUCUCUCUGCUUCUCUCUUGCAUAGGUAAAAUCCACACAAUAGUGCACCAUUCCUUAAAACAACAUCUGAAGAAUCCCUUUUUGUUCCUAUACUUCCAGAUAUGUCCUCUGACAACCAAAUUCCUCUGUCACUCUAAACAUGCACAGACCCUGUCAUUUUCCUUUAUUAAGCAGAGGGCAAAAGUAUUAAGGAUUUUAUAACACCUUUUAUUAAAAUAUUGAAGGAACUUCCAACAUUAGCUUUGGAGCUGUGCUUACUGGCUUAUGUUUCUGUCUGGUUGAACAAACCUUGACCUCCAGACAGUCCCUUCUCGCUUGUAUUGCUCUCCAGGACUGGAAAACGUGCUGCUAUUCUAACUUGCUCUUGCUUUUAAACCCUAAUCUUAGAAUUAUCAAAAGAAGGAAAACUAAAGGUACUUUAUUCCCAUUAGAGAAACUGUUGCCAUCAUUGUAGCAAGUGCUGGAAUGUCCCUGUUUUCCUAUGCAAACUUUUUUUAACCCUUUAAUGAACUUAUCUGUUGAGUACAUUGAAAAAUAUUUUUCUUCCUAGAUUUUGUUGUUUAAAUUAUGGGGCCUAACCUGCAACUUAUUUUUUGUCAAUUUUUUAAACUUUUUUUUAAUUACUGUAAAGAAAAUGAAUUUUUUCCUGCAGCAGGAAACAUAGUUUUGAGUAGUUCUACCUCUUAUUUGUAGCUGCCAGGCUUUCUGUAAAAAUUAUAUUGUAUAUAAUGUGAUUUUUACAUACACACACACACACACACACACACACACCAUCUCUAGGGUAUGCCUGAGGGCUAGAUUGGACUAAAAACACCAUGUUUCUAAGCAUCCAUUUUUCCCUUUCUUUAAGAGAAAUUUAACUGUUCUAUGAAGGAGAUUGGGGGAGGAGGGAGACGCUCCUUUGUAAUGGGAAUAACUGAUGUUUUGAUAAUAGUAUCCAGGCAUGGAUGCUGAUUGUAUUACCAUGUCAGUGUCCUAUGCAGUAUUGUUAGACUUUUUUCCAUUUUGAAAAUAUUUGUGUGUUUGUGUAUGUACUCUGUGUGUGGCUGGUGCACAUAUGUGCAAAGUUAGACAGAGUGAUGGUAGGGAAAAGGCAAAGUUACUAGUCUCUUGUGUCAGAUUUUAUAAAAUCCAAACCACUUAUGAAAAAUCUAUCAGAGGUCCAAGAGAUUUAUUAUGCAAAUGAGGGUAAAUAUAUUUUAUUACCCAGAUAGCAGUCACUAUCACUAACAUAGUAGCCCUUAUUUACAAUACAAAAUCCAUAAGACUAUGUAAUAGACCAUUUACACAUUUAAAAAGUGUUUAUGGGAAUGCAGAUAGAUCUCAGAGUUAUUAUAUAUGUAUACAUUUUUAACAAUACUCACAUUGUCUUUAAGAUUGAAAGGCAAUUAUUCUUUGUGAUUGGGGCAUUUAGAAUAUAUAUGUCUAUAUAUGUGUAUAUGUGUAUUUCAAAGUACCAUAUUGAAAAUUAGACAAAUGAAAAUUAGAUCUUUAACCAAAUUUAGCAUGUUAUCUAAAUGUAAUAUCUAAAUAGUCUGCAUUAUAUAUUAUGAAUCUGCAUUAAAAAUAGCAUUUUAAAUGGUGAAUCCAUAAUUUUGGAUUCCCAAAACCAUAUUUGUGAUGUAUCCUGACUAAGACAGGUUGUUGGAGGAGUAUUAGAAGCAGAAUGAAACCACUUAUUUUGGUUUCAUAAUAUGUACAUAUUGACUCCCACUCAUUCUUAUAUUAAUUAAAUUAUAAUUCUGUCCUUUUGAAAUUUUGAUUAUAAAAAUUUUAUUGUCCUAAAUUAACUGUUACUUUUAUAGUAUCUGAUAAUCUUAAAACUUUUAAUUUUAUACAAAAUAGACAUAAAUGACCUACAAUUUUUUCAUUAAAAUGAAGGUGGCAGAAUAAACAUUAUUUGUUAAAACCUCACGUGCCAAAUUUUGGCAUCAUGUUUGUAUUUAGAGCUGUUCUUAAAAUGAUGAUAUUAUCUUAUUUUUCAUUAUCCUAAUUUAAAACUGUACGAAGCUUUUCUCUGUCUUUCUAAUGGGAGCAUUGAUAAAAUGUUUAAAUGCCAUGCAUAUUAAGAUUAGCCUAACCUAGGAUCUUGUUAAAUUAAAGACACAUUUGUUCACUUUUAUAUUCUAGAUAGAAUAAUUUAUAUUUCUGAUCAUGAAUCAAGUAUCUGAGGAUUCAUGUCCCUUUCUGUCCCUUUCAAAGAACUCCUGAAGCAACUUAACUCAAUAUUUCAGCCUUUGAGUAGAUAAAACUACCUGUACCUUCAUUAAUUAUCCAUAUUCUGUGACGGAAGGUUGAUACUCAUGAAUGCAGAGAAGCACUUUGUAUUUGCUAAAAGGAAUAGUAUCAAAUCUUUUCAAUAUUUUGGAACCCAGGGAAGUAUUUAAAAAGCACUUACUUUCAGAGGAGCACAAGUAGUUACCAACUAAACAAACAAACCCUGAGGUCCACACAGAGCUACCAGAUUAUCUGUAUUUUAACUGAAUGUGGGCUUCCCUGGUGGCUCAGAUGGUAAAGAACCUACCUGCAAUGUGGGAGACCUGGGUUCGGUCCCUGGGUUUGGAAGAUCCCCUGCCUGGAGAAGGGAAUGGCUGUCCACUCCCAGUAUUCUGGCCUGGAGAAUUCCAUGGACUGUAUAGUCCAUGGGGUUGCAAAGAGUCGGACACAACUGAGCGACUUAUACUUUCACUAAUUGAAUGUACUGUCAAAGAACUAAAGCAGAUUUUGGGGUGGUUUUGUUUUUAUGUAAACUGGACACACAGAAUACAAUAGUUAAUUUGUUUUCGCAAGUGUUUCUCCCUGAUGUAAACACAGAGAUAAAAGAUUUAUGUUAGAAGUAAAGGACUAAGGGUACAUGCAGAGUUGUUAAAAAUCCUGUGGUUGUACUGAUUCAGUGUUGGAAGGAAAGCAUCUGCUUUAUCAGAGCAUAAAGACUUGUGGUCUUGCAUUGGAAAGAUGUUUUGGAGCACUGUUUUCCUGGAUAAAAGUCACUCUACUAUGUAAAAUAAUGAACAAGUUGGGAUCCUAAUUAUUUUGUGUGCCGUACUGGGUACAGUUCCUGCCUCUUUUUCCAGUCAGGCAAUAGAGUAGGGUAGAGGGAUGGAGGAAGUCAGAGAAGUAGGAAGACAAGCCUUCUCUAGUCAGCCCCCAACCAAAGAAUGGAAAGAAGAGAAACAAUUGUCUGCCAUCAGAAGUUCAGUUUGUAUGUAUUCUAUGCACAUGCACCAACACACACAGAGUAAAUCUUUAAUCAGCUAUAUACUGGUGUUUAAAAUAGAGAAUGAUUGUCUUCCAAGUUUUUGGUUCUUUUUUUAAAAACUGUUAAGUACUUGAAAUGUGUUGACUGCUGACUAUCUUUCAAAAACAAAAACAAAACCAUUUGAGUUGUAUUACAGAGGUUGACAUUGUGCAGGGAUGGGACAAAGCUUUCUUCAAUCCUUUUCAUACCACUUCAUGAUUUUGGUGCAGGAACUUAAGAUGUUCUUGUUUAUUCCAUGAGAUUUCACUUCUACUCUUCACAGUAUGAGCAUGAAGCCCAGUGGCACCAAGUGGCCGAAUACAAUUGAAUGAUAUUUUGCUUGGGCCUUGGGAGUUUUCAGAUGAUGAUUUCAUCGAGCUUCAUUGUAGCCUGAAAUAAAGAAGUUGUGUGAUAUAUGCUAACCAGUCAAGUUGCUUUUUGACCAGAAAUUUAGAUACGUUCUAUUUUUUGGCUCAUUUCUUUGUGCUCUAUGGGUACAUACAAAAAUCCUGAAUUCUGUUUCUUAGGCAAAUAUUGCAACUCAGGGCUAAAGUCAUCCAGUGAAACUUUUAGAGCCAGAAGUAACUUUGUCCCAAUCCUACAAUGUGAAAAGAAUGAAUAGUUGCCUCUUUUUAGCCAUUUUCAUGGCUGGUACAUAUCCGUACACAUUACUUUUCAGAAUCAAUACGCACUUUCAGAUAUUCUUAUUUUUAUUCUCUUAAGUCUUUAUUAACUUUGGAGAAAUGAUGCAUCUUUUUAUUUUAAAUGAAGUAGAUCAACAUGGUGGAACAAAAUGAUAAAGAACAGAAAACAUUUCAAUAUAUUACUAAUGAUUUUUUUCCAAUAUAAAACCUAAAAUUCCUAUAACAUUAUAGUAUUUUACAGUUUUAUGAAGCUUUCUAUUGUGACUUUUAUGGAAUUAAGAGAUGAAGAAGAUGAGAUAUUUUAGCAUUUAUAUUUUUCAAAAUUAAAUGUAUACUUAAAAUAAAGUAACUUUAUGCAUUA